CAGUGGCAACAACACCGCCUUCAACAUCACCCACAACUCUCCGGACUCUUCCUACCUCCUCGAUCAGCGCUAUGACACUACCAUGAACUUCGACGGCCCUAGCAUCCAAAGCUCCGUCUCCUCUUCUUACUCCCUCAACAGCUAUAACGCUCCAAACAAGAAGCCAAAGCAGUCCAAGCCUCACACUCACACCUCUGGCAAUCUCUCCAUCGUCCGCGAGCAUUCUCACUCUUCUUUCACCGACAACUCCUUCACCCCUCGCUCGGAGAAUCAUCGCCCGCCUAGUCGCUUCCUCAAGAUCUCUGGCCUUCCCAAGACUGCCGAACCUGCUUCCAUCGUUGACACUCUUUCUGCCUUUGGUGAGCUCCGCGGAAUCUACAGCCGCGAAAUCUCCUUGAACGGCUCCGUCAUCGUUGCCUUCUAUGACCUCCGUCACUCUGUCACUGCAUACAAAUCACUUUGCUCGCAGUCAAUCAUGGGUCACGUCCUGCAGCCUCAGUUCUUCCCAAAGAACUAUCUCAUCCAGAUGAGCGAGAAUGGCAUCGAUAUGCCGUUCUCGACCGAGUAUGACGACGAGCUCACUAUCUUCUUCAACCCUGGCUCGGUCGAAGAUGCGCGGUCGGUUCUUGAAAACUAUUUGCCCAGGUUUGGCAGUGUUUUGUCGCUCAAAAUCGAGAGCGACACUACCAUCUCUUGCGAGUUUUUUGACCUCCGUCACGCCGCAGCUGCUGCGGAUAACAUCGACGGCAACGUCAUUAGGGACAUCACUUUCUAUGUCUCUUAUCAAAGCAUUGAUUAUGCAUUCUGCCCUACCACGGAGUGCAAUGACUUUGACAAACAACCAGGAUCAUCAGCGCUUGCUAGAGUUUCAAGCAUGCCCGCAACCACGCGUCGCAGCACUCUUUCUGUUCACGCCCCUGUAUUUGAGGCAGGGGCCUACGGUCGUCGCUCGCCUCUUCCCUUUGGGGUAUACUCUGAUGUCGAUCCGGCAGAAGCCUCACUUACAUUCCAAGUCGAGAAUGCGCCCACUUCAGGCCGCUAUGACGUCUACACGAAUGCUACCGUUCCCAAGAACAACGUCGUAGAUCUUGAGAGAAUUGCUAGAGGCCUUGAUACUCGCACUACUCUAAUGUUGCGCAACAUUCCAAACAAAGUCGACCAGCGAAUGCUGAAGGACUACAUCGACGUGACCAAUCGCGGGACCUAUGAUUUUUUGUAUUUGCGCAUUGACUUCUUGAACAAGUGCAAUGUUGGAUAUGCGUUCAUCUCGUUCACGUCUCCGGAGGCCAUCAUCACGUUCGCCAAGGCCAGAGCUGGGACAAAGUGGAACCGGUUCAACUCUGAGAAGAUCUGCGAUAUCUCUUAUGCAAACAUUCAGGGAAAAGAAUGCCUUAUUGAAAAGUUCCGCAACUCUAGCGUUAUGGAUCAGGAUGCGGCGUAUCGUCCGAAGAUUUACUACUCUGACGGUCCUCAUAAAGGAGAAGAAGAGGAGUUUCCCCCUCCCAACAACUUGAACAGGAAACUACGCUCUAUCGCCAGCAUUCAGCAAAUUGGUAUUUAAGAUAAUAAAAGAGGGUUUAGAGGGAGGAGAGGUUUACGUAGUGAAUAAUUGCUGACUUUAAUUCAUGUGCUAGGUCUUUUCCCCCCGGGAAGUAACAGCGGGAACUGGAGACGCGUCUUCCAAUCU